ACUAUCUCCAUCCUACAUUUGAUUCUCCUUGAUCUCGACCUCCAGCUGCACAGUUUCAAGUAAAGCCAUAAUGCACCUUCAAAGCACCCUUCUGGGCUUUGUCGCCUUGACCACAGCUACUAACGUCCCAUCACCACAACACCUCUUCGCAAAUCCUUCGGUACCCGAGAAGUCCAACUACAAGAUUCCUACUGUCCAUGAAUCCGCCAUCCAAGCCCGCAGAAUCAUGCGCCUGGAGAACAUUGGCACACUCUCGACCAUUUUCCCCAACGCGCCUCACGCCACCGAGCAACGACCCUCUGAAGUGGCGGGCACGCCCAUAGGUCUCAUGGACUAUUUCGGUGACUGCGAACCCGAAUCUGGCAACCCGACCAUUCUCGCCAUCACCAUCGCCACGUCUUUCAAGAACGUCGACGCUGGGUCCAACAUUACGCUGAGCAUGCGCUGGCACCCUCAAGAUAAUAAGUGGCGCAGUCCCGCAUCGCUUCCCCGCUUUUCGCUCAUAGGCCAUUUGGAAGAUAUCGAUAUGGAUGCUGUAGAGAAACUAGGUGUGACAGCUUGUUUUGUCAAGAAGCAUCCCGAUGCUGCGUGGUGGCUUCCAGGCAACAGAAUUCACGAGAGCAAGUGGGUAAGGCUGGUCGUUGACGAUAUUUACUGGAUCGGAGGUUUUGGAGACCGUGCAUACAUUGGCUGGAUUCCCAAGGAGGAGUGGUUCAGCGUUACGCAGGAUGAGAUUGAUGGCGUUCAGUUGCCGGGUGAGAAAAGCACUACUUGGGGUACCUUGAGCAGUUGGUUCGGCCUUGGUCAGCAACAGCAGGGUUUGUUUGAGUUGUAGAGUUGUUGAUGAUUCACGACAAGAUGAUACGUCGGACAUGAUGAGUUGGCGGGAAUCACAAGCAGAGCCCUUGAUUCCAGUUAUGUGAUGUGAAGGGAUUCGAUGGUAUACGAUUUGAUUGUUACUCGGCAUGUCAUUCUGCGCUUAUCUUCCUAAGUAUUCCUUACGUAUCAUUUUGAUUCCUCUUCUUAUCAACUACUCAGUAACACUAGACUCACCCACGACGUCUUCAACCCAUACUCACCAGAUUUUCGGUUGAAAAUCACGUUAUUAUAGAUUUGCACAUUCCUCGUUGCAUGAUAUCACCACAGGGACUUCAGCAAGAAUGAAUACUUUUACCGAACAUUGACACGUACCCUGUCUUUCUCUC